UCGAAUUUCCUCUCAUUCAUUUUAAUACAAGUGUUCCGUCUCGGGCGAAGCAGUCUUUGAUUUCGUUCUAAAUAUUGUUACACUCUAGCGAAGAUUAUUCUUUACUGAAACUAACAGGGACUCUACACGUAGAUAAGUUUUGCCAUCUUGCGGUUUUUGCGUCGUCAUGAAAUGAACAAACCAUCUCAUGUGACUAUCUGAACAGCCAUCAUAGAUGCAUGAAACUGUUUUGUACAUUUGUGUACUGUUUUGGAUCGCAGGAAUUUGGAGCUUUUAAAGGUGUUCUGUAUUUACGUGGCUCCAUUUUGCCCUUGAUUCCAGGAACUUGUCGUUGGAUGUGCAACAUGCUGAAUGCACCGGCAGCCGAUAGAAAUAAGGACCCGAUCCUUUCUGUUUUAAAAAGCAGACUAACAUCAGACCGACAUCUGGACGCUUUGGAAAUAUCCUCAGGCACAGGACAACAUGUGGCAUACUUUGCCAAAGCAUUUCCCAAUAUUACAUGGCAACCAUCUGAAGUUGAUGCACAGUCCAUAUCGAGUGUCGAGGCGUAUCGACAACAUCAUAAACUGCAGAAUGUGAAGCCACCUAUCCAUCUCGAUGCGUCACAACGUUGGGAGAACUGGGGUGGAAUUCAGGCUGAGUCAUGUGACCUUGUUGUGAAUAUCAACAUGAUGCACAUCUCACCUCUGGCCUGCACAAAGGGUUUGUUUAAUGCUGUUGGAAAAAUACUAAAGCCUCAAGGAUUGCUUCUGACUUAUGGGCCAUAUGCUUUCAAUGGAUCGAUUACUCCUCAGAGCAAUGUUGACUUUGACCACAGCUUAAGAUCAAGAAAUCCAGAGUGGGGUCUAAGAGAUGUGUCUUUAUUGACAUUACUUGGCCAAGACAAUGGACUACGACUGGAGGAAAUAGUUGAUAUGCCUGCCAACAACAAGUGCCUAUUGUUUCGCAAAGACAGCGUGGUUUGAUACAACAUCAGUUUGUAUAGUGUCACACUGUGUUUGCAUUUCUGUACAUUCUGGACUGGUUGAAUUUCAAAGAUACUAAAUAAUAAUAAUAGAACGCUUCUCCAAGUCAAUGGAUUAGGUUAAGACAUGUCUGCACUAGACUCUGUAAACAGCAAGCAAAGUCUGUGGCACUUUCUGUCUGCCAAUCAUUUUCACGUUCUCAUAGUGUUGUAGUUGCAGUGAAUUAUUGAGACUUAAUGCCAUUUUUAUGCCAUGUUGUUCAUAACAGUUGUCAGUUGAGGGCUGUUUUGCUGCAGUUGUCUUUGACAACAGUUUCUGCCCAAUGUCGCUCUCAAUAAAGCUUAUUUAGUAUCUUAAGAGUGCAGGGUUUUGGAAAGAGGGGCGGGCUAAUACAGUGGCUCAGUUUGUGGAAAUACUAGAACUGCUAAAACGCUUACAGCACCUUUAAUCUGUGUUGAUACAAUAGUUGCUUUUUGGAGCUAUCGGUUAUUGGCAAAUAUCUAUGCCAAUAGUUGUUAGAACGCAAUGGUUCUACGGUAUUACAGCAGCCUCUAAAGGUGAAAAUAAAAACAAUUAAUGAUACCCUGUGAGGAGUUACUGUAUCUAAAUAUUUUCCAUUGACAAUAUUCAUCCAUAUUUGUAUUCUCACUUCAAUGCAUUUAUUAUUUUGAUUAUAUAACACAGUGUGACACAUUUUUAUAUACUCUACUUAUGCCUCAAAAGUUUAGAAAAUAGCUAUUAUUCCCCACAAACCUUACUUUUAUGACCAGGACAGUGAUAUUUAGAAAUGUCCCAAUUUUCCAGAACAUUCCAGAUAGAUUCAGUGCUGAGUAACUUCUAGAACUUUAUAAAUAGUAGUAUAUGUAAAUACAGGGGCCUUAAUCCUACAAGUUUAUUUCCAGCUGCCUAAGUGGAUAAAUAUCUGCAUAUUCUGAGAUGGCAUCAAGAGGCGAGGAAGACGUUGUGGAUCCAGAUGACAAUUUCAGAGGUGGAGUAGAGGAGAGAAACCCAUACUACCCCAACCAAAAAGACCUCCACUUGAUUGGUGUCCAAUGUCAAGCUUUUGACAUCUAGGCUCAAGCAGUGGAACUUGUUGGAUGAAAGUAUGCAAGUCACAGAUCAGAGGAAGGCCAACCUUUUUCCUGCUGCUUCACCUGUCAAGAUGAGCUCUGCUUCUGCCACAAUGUGACCAGUCGGUUUGGGGCAAUCUGAAUUGCCUGUACCAUAAUGGUAUCAAGGACCCGUCUCUUUCCCUGGCUCACUCGGUGCACCUCAAAGAGGAUUACAACAGCAUCAAGACCUUGCUGGUUGCCUUGAAGUAUGAUGAGUACAUUUGGGGGCUGAUUCAAGAAAGUGAUUUACAGUAGAAUCGUAAAUAUCAAAAACUACUAAUUUUUGUAUUACUUUAGUAUAAAUGCAUGUUAAUUUGGAUUCAUGUUGUUUUUUUCUGAUUUGUGAAUGAAAAGACGUUGAAAAUGUCCCAGUUUUCUCAUUGGAAAUAGGUACAUUUCAAAAUAUCACUGUCCUGGUCACAAAAGCAAAGUUUGUGGGGAAUAAUUGCCAUUUUCUAUACUGUUGAGGCAUAAGCAAUUAGGAAAUAAUACUUAUUAACCAGCAACAAAAAUUGUGUUACGCCAUGUGUUCUAAAUUAAAGUAAGUUUAAUUAAAAAUUAAAAAUGUGACCAAUAUAUAUAUAUAUCUCUCUAUCUCUGGCUAUAAAAGGCUUAAUUUGGUAGAUAUUUCAAAAAUAAAGUAU